GAGGACUAGAGAGAGGAAAUUAUCGCACAGACGUCGGAGGGAGAAACGAUCCCACUUCAGCAAUGCCACAUACGGGUCAGACCGGUGUGAACCAGCUUGGAGGAGUAUUUGUGAAUGGUCGACCACUUCCAGAUCAGGUUCGUCGUAGGAUUGUGGAGCUAGCGCAUAUGGGAGUUCGUCCAUGUGAUAUUUCAAGACAACUCUUGGUUUCUCAUGGAUGUGUCAGCAAAAUUCUCACCAGAUAUUACGAAACGGGCUCAAUAAAACCAGGCUCUAUAGGAGGAAGUAAACCAAAGCAAGUUGCAACCCCCUACGUGAUAAAGAAAAUUUUGGACCUAAAGAGACAAAACCCUGCCAGUUUUGCAUGGGAGAUAAGGGACCAAUUGAUGGCUCUUGGUGUCUGUGAUGACCAUACAAUCCCUAGUGUCAGCUCCAUAAAUCGAAUUCUCAGAAACGCAGGAACCAUGACUGCCAACUUUUUGUACCAACAGGAAGUCGCAAUGGAACAACUAUCCUCUUCCGGUUCACAGUGUCAGACAAUGCCUAUGAUGGUAACGCCACCUGGAUUUACUUCAAUUCCCAUGACAGUGCCAGGAUUGUCAUAUCCGAAAUUGGUCGAACAAAUUGAUACUGCUGAUAAAUCAUCGAAAGGAUAUGCAUCGUCAACAGAUAAAAGUUUAUCUGAUUCAGAUGACAAAGUUGAUAAAGAGGAUGAAUGUGGACAAGAGGAGAAAGACGUUAACGACGAAAAGGACGAUGGGUUCAAAUUAGAGGAAAGAUUCCCAAGUAUAACUGCUAAACAACAGAACUCUUCAUCUUCCCGAUCUUCUCUACACCAAGCUAGAUUGAAAUAUCACCCAUUUAAACCUGUGCAUCGCUUCCCAGAUGAGGGAUAUUAUCGACAUCAUAGUAGUCUUUUGUUUCCCCAUCUCUUCAUGUUUCCCUCAUAUAAAACCUCCAACCAGAUCAGAAUGGCCGAACAAUUCAGCUCCAUGGCGCAUCGUAACUUUGGCCAGCAGUUUUUAUCAAAUCAAAUCCCGCCAACAUGA